AUGCCGGAUCCAGUAACCGGAUACCCGGAUACCCGCGUCCCCGCUGAUCUCUUGCGCCAAACCCGCCAAUUGCCAGAGUUCGACAUGGGCCCUAACACGAAUCAUGCCAUGGAUUCGACCAACACUCCGACGCGCCAGACGAGGGGAGGGACGCGAUCCUCUCUCGCAUGUUUGCCGUGUCGAUCCAAGCACUUGAAGUGCGACGGCAAGCGGCCCCAAUGCAGCAGAUGUAUUGAGUUCGAGAAGCAAUGCGACUUUGCUCCAUCGCGAAGAGGAGGGUUAGACCGGGCGGCUUUGGCGGAGAGACGUAAAAGGCUUGCCGCCGAAGUCCCUGAGUCUGUUUCGAAUGAAACCUCGACACCUCGCUCAGAGCAACUUGGUCAACAUCAAUCGGGAGAUGUCCCAACCCAAGUACAAGGCUGGGAGUUAUUGGACGACUUCAAUUUACUUGACGGGGCAAUUCUCGGGGAUGAUUCAGUGCAGUCGACUUCAAAGUCAUCGCCUCACAGUCAUGCUGGAGACGUCGAGAUGGACCCUUUGAUCAUGUCCUACUACAAGAGCUUUCACAAACUGCAUCCAUUCCUGCUACCACGAGCCGCCUUCCUCCGACUCAUCAAGGACCCUCCCCCAACACUCAACUUCGGUCCACUGAUAGCAGUGAUGCGUCUAAUCGGCAACAUAUAUGCGACGCAAGAGUGGUCUAUCUCACUCCAGGACCAGGCGGAACAAGGCUUGCUGCAAUUAUCCCCAAAUAGUCCAGUACUGGUUCAGUAUCGUUUGCUUUUUUCCGUUGCCUUAUUUUGGAAUAACUUCAAAGAUGAAGCGAAACAUCAUAUGGACUGCGCCACAAAGGUUGCGGAACGUCUUGGGAUGCACAUAUCUGACUUCCCAAGGCAGUAUAGUGCCGGCGAACCAGUUCUAGAGGAGUCGUGGAGACGGACUUGGUGGAUGCUGUUCAUCAUCGAUGCAUACUAUGCCGGGACCUUGGGAACCAUGAACUUCAGAGUCGGAAACAUCGAGGCGACAGUCGAGCUUCCUUGCGAGGAGAGCGAAUAUGAGUCAGAGACCAUUCCUCUACCAAAAACUUUGGAAGACUUCGACUCCAGAGAGUUCGCUCCUGAAAGUGUCACUUUCUCAUCCUUCGCGUACCUCAUCAGCGCGGUGCGUUGUGCGGCGUUAGCGAUAUCUACCGUACCUAAGGUCGCCUCAAAGGAAGACUCCGCACAAGUGAUUCAUUCAGCCGACUCAAUCAUCGACGCGUGGUCUCUACUCCUCCCGAAAGAGCGUAGGAAUGUCAUGUCAAAAACAGGACAGGUUGAUGAGCUCAUGUUUCAAGCGCAUCUUCUCAUCGGAGUAGCGAGCAUUGGCCUUCAUAGGCCUCUAUCUGAUCUGAGGUUUAAUCCUGUGGAGGAUGUGUCAAGCUGUGCCCGAGAGCCACCUGUCGAUAACCCGUCGUCAGACUUGAUUAACGUGCACACUGUAAGGGUACUUCGAGCAGUCGAGUCGCAAAUCCGUCUGCUGGCUUUGCCAUCCAGACCAUUCCAUCACACCCCUUUCACGACCUGCAUGGUCAGCGAGGGGACACUUGCGCUGCUUUCAGCUUGCAACUUCUUACUGCAAGGCAAGCAGCUAGCAAUCGCGAGAGACCAAAUUCGACUAACCAUUGGAUGUCUGAAAGCUUUGGGAGAAUUUUGGCCGAGGACCGCUAAGAACGUGUCGGAGAUACAGACCAUUGCCCGCCAUGUCCUUGGUUUGAAAGCGAAAACUACCAGUAGCCAUAGCACACAGAAUCCGAGUGAUACAGCCAAUCAGCCAGGCAGGAGGGUUGAUAUAGCGUUGGGACACCACGGCUCAAACAAUGAAAGUGGUAUACUAACUUCUCUUGGGCCUAUGGAGGAUGUCUGCGGAUGGUAUAAUCUGUCGGAUUUCGGUUCAGAUCUCGCGCAAUGGCCCGAGCAUGAAACAUAA